UACGGCGUGGCGGGGCUCCAGAACGCAGCCAGGCCCCAGCCCGCGGGGCACCCCUGCCCGCAGCCGGCCGCCUGCUUCUCGAGGUCGCCGCGAGCCAGUCGCUCGAGUAGCGAGGGCGGCAAUCAUCAGAGAUUGAUCAAAUUGUUCCAGUUGCUCAUUAGCUAUUUUAUAAGUCAAAAGAAAAAAAAGAUACACUAUGUCUGAGGAAGUUUUCAGUACAACUUUGGCAUAUACAAAAAGUCCAAAAGUUACCAAAAGAACAUCUUUUCAGGAUGAGCUAAUAAGAGCAAUAACAGCUCGCUCCGCCAGACAGAGGAGUUCUGAAUAUUCGGAUGACUUUGACAGUGAUGAGAUUGUUUCCUUAGGUGAGUUUUCUGAUACCUCAGUAGAUGAAAAUUCAGUUCAGAAAAAAAUGAAUGACUUUCAUUUAUCAGAUGAUGAAAAUAAUUCUCCAAGACCAUCUUUUUUGAAAACUAAGAAAUCUGAUAGUAACGUAACGAAAGAUGAGCCAGAAUUUGUCAUCACGAACAAUGAAGAAAUGACUCUUGAAUGUUCUGAAAAUCAGGUUGUGAACUCCUCACCCAAAUCUCAAAAUAAAGAUGAAGAUGUUGAAAAACAGAAAAUUAAAAUGAAACCUAAACCCAGGAAUCUUCCAAUCAAAAGUACAUCUUCAGAAAAUAGUAGUGGCUUUGAAACAGAAGACUACUUCAAGCCUUCACCUCUCCCAAGGAGCAUGUUCAAGAAAAGUAGCCAUGCAGAGGAAAAUGAUAGACUAGAAGAUGAUAAAGAAACUGCCCCACAUGGACACUUAGAUCCUGAGCCUUCUUCUCAUCCAUGGCUGAAUGGCAGAAGAUCAGAAGUGGAGCAAACGGCAUCUUCUGAAAUCCUUGACCUAGAGAGCCCAUUGUUAAAAAGUCUGUCAUCAUCGUCCCUUAAAGAAAAUCUUGAAAGUUGUUCUUCAGCAGGAUCUGGGGAGGAAGGAUCCAUAAAAGAUCAGGAUGGAGACUUCCUCAAACACUCUAAUUCUUGGAUAUCAAAUAGAAAUGAAGAAAAUUCAGCUUUAACAGAUGGUGUCACUCCUGAAGCUGAGGAAAUGAAGGGAAGUCAAGUGGCUGCCAAUGGCCUUGAAGAAAAGCCAGCUGAACUGAAGUCAGGGGAUGAAUAUCCACUUGAUGUGCCACUGUUUAAAUCGCAGAGUAUGUUACUGUCCACGGCAAAGGGCUCUGCAAAGAAAACAAUUGAAGACAGAGAAAUGAAGAAUAAAAAGCCAGCAAAUAAUAAUAGAGUAUCCAGUGCAUCUGGCAGAUUAAUGACCUCUGAGUUUUUAAAGAAGCCUGCUGGUUCUACAAGGAGAACUCCAUCGGCAACUACCUCAUCUCACUAUUUAGGGACUUUAAAGGUCUUGGACCAAAAACCUUCACAGAAGCAGAACAUAGAACCUGACAGAGCGGAUCACAUAAGAGCAGCUGUUUAUCAAGAAUGGUUAGAAAAGAAAAAUGUGUAUUUACAUGAAAUGCACAGAAUAAAAAGGAUUGAAAGUGAAAACCUAAGGAUCCAAAAUGAACAGAAAAGAGCAGCCAAGAGAGAAGAGGCAUUAGCAUCAUUUGAGGCCUGGAAAGCGAUGAAGGAAAAGGAAGCCAAGAAAAUAGCUGCAAAAAAGAGGCUUGAGGAAAAGAACAAGAAGAAAACUGAAGAGGAAAAUGCCAUGAGAAAAAGCGAAGCGCAGCAAGCUUUUGAAAAAUGGAAAGAGAAAAAGAUGGAAUAUCUUAAAGAGAAAAAUAAAAAGGAGAAGGAAUACGAAAGAGCAAAGAAACAGAAAGAAGAGGAGACUGUUGCCGAGAAAAAGAAAGAUAACCUAACUGCUAUUGAAAGAUGGAAUGAGAAAAAGGAAGCUUUUUUCAAGCAAAAAGAAAAGGAGAAAAUAAAUGAAAAAAGAAAGGAAGACCUGAAAAGGGCUGAGAAAAAAGAUAAAGAUAAGCAAGCCAUCAAUGAGUAUGAGAAGUGGCUGGAAAAGAAAGAAAGGCAGGAGAGAAUUGAGAGAAAGCAAAAACGGCACUCCUUGCUUGAAAACGAGUCCCUUCCCCCGUGGAGCCCUCCCAGCCGAACCAUGCUUUCAAAGGUCUUUUGAUAAUUCUCCUUUCAUUUGUCAGUUCUCCAGCUUUAGCCGUCGGCUCAUAGCCUUUCAUUCCAUUACUUCCAGUUAAAUCUAUUUCAAUUAAGUGCCACAGAUUUCUGGUAGCAAGGAAAAAGAUACUUUGGAGUUGAAUCAGUGUGAACAUACUUUUCAAGCCAUAGAUCAUCUGCCUCAAAUGAAAUGCUACCAAUUAGAUUGCUGUUAUUGUUGAAAACUGAAAACGCAGAAAGCUUCAUCAUAUCCUCAUAUUCUCUAAAGUAAAAAGAUCUGUGAUCACUUUGGAUAAACUCUGCAUGUUAAUUAUGUUCAAUCCCAGUGAUAAAGUGCAAGCCAUUUGGUACCAACAGUCAGAGUGAUUAGUGGAUGCUGGCAUGAGUCUAGGUUUCGGCUUUUAAGUAAGUGGCUGAUGGGAAUGGAGGUAUACAUAGAUUACUUUUGCUUACAUCGAACUUUAGCUUAAAGCAGUUGCAUGUACACUACCCAAGGUGGAAUCAUGUGGACGGAAACAACAGUUCAGCAACACCACUAAUCAGUAGACAUUUUACUUUGGAAUUUAUGUUUUAAUUUAAGUCUAAUUUAUCUGUUCCAAUCUAAGGUGACAAUCAUAGUCAGUUUACAAUGGGAUUAUCUCUGAAAUUUUUCUUCGUAAAUUUUACACUUUAUGUACCAUUUUGGUGACACCAAAAGACCGCCAUUUCAUGGUAGUGAUUACUUAACUAUGACCUCUGGAAAUUCCUCAGGAGUUCAAGGUCAUUGAUAUUAUAGUGAGGUUAUAUAAAAGCUGUAAUGGUGAUGAAGGCAACUUCUGUCCACUUAACUGAUACAGAUUUCUAGCUUUUAUUUAUAAUGGGGAAAUUAAUUUGUAGAAAUAUCCAAAGGACUUGUAUUUAUUUAUUUGAUCUUUAUCCUUGUAUUAACUGGUCUCUUUCUGGACCUGAUCCUCAGUUUUACGAAAGAUCAAUUUUCUGCUCUGAGAUGAAAUGCUGCUUUAAUCAGUAAUGCAUUACAGAGACAAUGGAUUGUGACUGGAAAAGAAACAGACUAUUUAUUGAACAUUUCUAUCAUCACUGCUGGAUCUUUAAAACAACUGUUCAUGAUAGAUGUUACUGUGCAUUUUUCAGCCAAAAAUCCUGAGGCCGAGUGAAACUAAAUAACUUACUAUACCUCUGAGCGAAGGCUAGAGCUGAGCCUCCCCCCAGAACCCCUUUGCUCUCACUUCCAAGGGGCCUGGCCCAUCACAGCCUCUGUUCAGACCUUGCAUGAAUCAGAGAUUACUGUUGAGUGGAGAUUAGCUGAUCCUAAAGCAGUAGGUUCUAGUUAGCAGAGAUGGUGAACCUCCUAAAGGCUACAAAAUGAAAUAAGGGUUCAUAAGACUUAAGGAGUCACUUGAACAUGUAAUGUCUCGUAUUAACUUACCAUUAAACUCAACAGGUGUAAUGAAUGCUUUGAGAUUUCUUAAAUAUUACCUUGCUCAGUGUGUAAACUAUCAGGGAUGACUUUGUAAGAUCAUCUCAUGCAAAUAAAACAAAACUAGAAGCCCUUUGAUACUGCUAGAGCAGGGAAAAGAUGAAACUGAACUGAUGACCAGACACGUGUAUUAUCAGCAUGAGGUUCCUCGUAGUCCCAAAUGCAACACCUGCCACAGUGCAUUGGUGCUUCUUGUAUUCAGUACUCAGCUCUAGGGAGAUAUCUGCAAGUUGCAUCAAGUAAAAGGAAGAAGGAGCUACUUUGUGGGAUCAAAGACCAAAUGUGCAUGUCAUACAUUUUACAGUAAAUAUUUUCUUAAGCUCUCUGAUUAUUUCCUUCUAUAUUUUGUAUUUUGUGUCAUCUUAUUAUUGUGAGUUGCGAGUCUAAAGUAAAUCUUCAGUCGUUAUUUACAACCCUGAGUCCUACACUUUCCAUCACUUUCUGAAUGUGAGGUUAACUCAGACAGGUUGACAGUGGUUAUUUGGCAUGACAGAUUUUCUACAUACCAGAAAAACACUUGACCUUCCUAGCUACUCUAAGCUGUACCACGCAAGAAAAUAAAGCACUGCCUUGUCAUGCGGCCCCCUUAAAAAGGAAAAUAAAAUACUGGCUUCUUAAAGUUCCUUCCACGAUAGAACAAAAUGAUGUGCACAAAGACUUAACAAGUCUUUUCAUCAAUUUUGAUUGUACAUUUUUGUCUUACAUGGUAAUAUGUGAUUUCUUACUUGCAUAAAACUGUAUUCAACUCUUACUGAAAUUAUCUGGUUAGGAAAAGAAAAAAACAUCUCAGUCUGAGCAGGACUGUCCAAGAGACUCUUAACCACCAGAAAACCGAACAUGGAGCUGUGGCUCAAGUGGUAAAGCUGAAGAGCUCAGGGACAGUGCCCAGGUCCAGAGUUCAAGCUCCACGACCAACCAAAAGAAAAAGAGAAGCAUCACCUUUUCUCCUGUAGAGGAAUAAAACUGAGUGUUGGGAAGUGGGUGAAAUGCCAGUACUGUACCAUUGUUUACUUUCUAAGGGGAGGAGACUCAAGCCUGCAGUACUCACUUGAAUAUAUUUAUUUAUUUAAGGGGUAUGAUUUCCCUGUUUUUCUUAGAAAGUAUAUCAAUGUCUAUUCAUUAAGUUUUCAUUAAUCUGCUGUGUAAGAAUAUUUGAUUCAUAUUAAGGACAAUAGAUGCUGUAGGUAUUCAUAUUAAAUUUCUAGUUCUGUACAUUGCAUUGGUCACAAAGAAGAUUGACAUUGCAAUGAAAAUAGGAAUUUGGUGAGUAUUUAAAAAUGUUAAAUAUGUUAAUAUUUAAACAUGUUAAAUUCCUUUGAAUGCAUAUUUAUGGAUAAGUAUAAAUGUUAAUAUAAAAAGUAAACUUUUACAUAGAUUUAAUUCUGUAAUAACCAAGGAAAUAGUCAUUUUAGAGGGCUGAAAGGAAAAACAACACUUUGUCAGAAAGAAGUUAAAGUCUUCUUAACAAAAGGAAAUAAGAACUGUUUAUAAAAUAACAGUAUGCCAGUGGUGGUUGAUUUAUACACAAAAUUAGGAAGUGUUCUUUUACUGUUUCAGUUGGAAGGAAACGGUCGUUCUUCACAAUUACCAAAGCAGUAUGCAAUGGGAGUUUGCUGUCCAUAGCUAUGUGUUCCUUACUUAGCAUGAUGUUACUUAAUGAACCUGUCCAGAUUUUGAUUUGUAAAUUGAAUAAACUGAUUUCCAAACAC